AUCGUGCGUGCGGUACAAAACUAUAUUGUGGGUACAAUUAAAUCGGAAUUUUUAUUGGUUUUUAAAUAAAAACUUAAACAAAAAUGGCCACAAAACAAUUGGUUAAUAAACAAAACACAAAAUUGGUGUCUCUGUUGGUAGCCAACAAGCCCUGGAAGAGUUGUUGGAGCACCUCCUCUAGAUGCUAUAGCAAUGAGAAAUCCGCUGAAAAGGAAGCCGCACAAAACGGACAAGCUGCUGCCGGCAAUGGUGAAGAUUUGAAAAAGUUAACCGAAAAUGUGGAAGCUUUGAACAAAGAAGUCACCGAAUUGAAAGAGAAAAAUGAUGAAUUAAUGGACAAAUAUCGUAGAUCCUUGGCAGACAGUGAAAACUUGAGAGUACGUUUGAAUAAGCAAAUAGCCGAUGCCAAAAUCUUUGGCAUACAAUCAUUCUGCAAAGAUUUACUAGAAGUGGCCGAUAUUUUGGGACAUGCUACUAAGGCAGUGCCUCAAGAACAAUUGAAUGAUAGUAAUCCUCAUUUAAAGAAUUUAUAUGAAGGUUUGACCAUGACCAAUGCCUCUUUGAUGCAAGUAUUUAAGCGUCAUGGCCUAGAAGCCAUGAAUCCUAUUAAUGAAAAAUUCAAUCCCAAUUUACAUGAAGCUUUAUUCCAAAAGCCCGAUUCAACUGUAGAUCCCGAUACCAUUGUUGAAGUAACAAAAUUGGGCUACAAAUUACAUGAACGCGUUAUAAGACCUGCUUUAGUUGGAGUUUCUAAAUCCUAAUAGUUUGACUGUAUUUGUUCAUCAAACUUUGCUUAACGUUUCCACAAAUUAACUUUUAAUUAUAUAAAAAAAAGUAAACCCUGCUCUAAUUUGGGAAAAAGAAAAAGAAAUUUUUUAAGAAUUACAUACUAGAAAUUUCUCUGUAUUUGAGCUUAAGUUUUUCUUUUUUUAAGGCUUGUUUUUUUCAGUACAACAUUUUCAUUACCUAUUGUAUUGAAAACUCCUUUGAUUAUUAGUUAUUUGUUUAGUUUUAUAAGUUUUAUGUGUAAAUAUUACAAAAUAAACAAAAUUGUUAAAAGGAGCUUAGUUUUAUAUUCAUAAAUUUAUAACUGGACUUGUUAAUGUUUUUAUUAUUUUACCAACAAGUCUAGUUAUUCCUUUACUUAAUAUAUAGACUACACCUGAUACAAGGACUUAUUUUUGUAAUUAAAUUAUAAGAAUUUAAUUUGUUAUAAAUAAAAUACGAUUAAAAACAAGAACCAAAA